ACGUUCUUACGGAACCACAGAAGAAGCGUCUGAAGUCAUGGAGGCGGCAACGGGGAAAAUAUUGCGUGUAAAUACAGAAACGAGCAUAAUUAUAUAUUGAAGUCCCCGUUAAUGCCGUCUUCGCGUAUUUUCAGGAGACAUACAGCGUUCUGUCGCCUUAUCUCUGACACGUAGCGAACACCCUUUUCAUGGGUUUGUUAUUUUGCUAGCCUGCAUCCGCCGCUGUUGUCAACGGCUCGCCUGUCACAGUAACACAACCGAACCAGGUUGGGGAAAUGGCUCAUUGGAGCAGAUUUGAGAAGGAUCUGGACUUGGAGACCAGAAGACUCAUCUCACAUCUGACUGGUAUUCAAGAUGAGGAAGAUCAGAACUAUCAAAUGGCAUUGAAGUUUACAGGGUCCAAUUUUAAAUUUCAUCGUUUUCUUGACGUCAACAGGCACAAUGUGCAGCGUUCCAUUCAUGGGAUUCAUGAGAAACUCAUGGUCCAGUCGGACUUGAGCAAAGCAGAAAGCUGGAAGCGACUGACUGAGGAAUUCCUCACUUCUCCUCUUCCCAACACUGAGGGAACCAGGACUGAUGUUCACUACAGUAUGGUGGCUUUAUUACUCCAUCUGUCUGACUCUCCAUCCAACACCAACUACUGUGAAAGGCCCAGACUGAAGGAAACAGAGAUAGUAGACACAUUUGAUUGGGCAAAACACUUAAUGGAAGGGGAAGAUGUUGAUACUGGACCCUUUCCAGACACACCAGAAUGGUCUGAAGAUGAAAGUGAAGAGGAUGAUAGUCAGCAGCCUUUGAGCAGGGAGGAUUCUGGGAUACAGGUGGAUAGAACUCCACAGGAGGAUCACGAGCAGAACAACAAGACCGUCCAAGUUACGUGGACUGUGGGUGAGCCUGACUCCAGGGCCUGGCUGGAGCAGCAUAUCGUCACCUCAUACUGGGUUCCCAACUCUCCUCGCUUUCCACACAGCCUUCAUCUGCAUUCCAACCUUUACAAUGUCUGGGAUCAACACCUAUAUAACACUGGACCGCUGUAUUUACCAGAGGAGAAGUCUUUUGUUACAGAAACUCAAGUGAUUCGGGAAACUCUAUGGCUUCUUUCUGGUGUGAGGAAACUUUUCAUUUUCCAGCACAACGACGGCAAGGUGACCGUGAGGAAUGAUGUGGUGGUCACACAUCUAACGAAUAACUGUCUUCACUCAGUCCUGGAGCACAUAGCGGCGUAUGGACAAGCAGUUUCUCGAUUGCAGAAGUUCAUUGAUGAAGUGACCGGUCACAGUGCUGAGCCUUGCCCUCCAGGUCUCAACCCUUCGUCAUCAUUCUCAUCCUCCAAGAAAAGCUCGGAACCUCCUUUCAGGACCUAUCAAGCCUUUGUGUGGGCAUUGUAUAAAUACUUCACCACUUUUAAAGAAGAGUUAACUUGUAUAGAGAAAGACAUUAUUGGCAAAGAUGAGACGGUGACUCUGUCUGCUGUGCUGGAACGCUUAAGUCCUCAUCUGGCACAGAUUACGAUGCUCCACAGGGUGUUUUGCACUGGAGUGGCUGAGGUCCCGUCCGGAACGCCCAAUGUGUUACGAGCCUCACACCUUCUCAACACCCUCUACAAGGCCAUCAUAGAGUAUGACAGUGCGGGCGAAGCAUCCGAACAGUCUGUGGCACUCCUUUUCUCUCUGUGGGUAGAAACGGUCAGGCCAUAUCUUGAGAUUGUAGACGAGUGGAUUGUUCAUGGUCACCUUUUUGACCCUGCCAAGGAGUUUGUAAUUCAAAGGAACAAGGAUGUCCCAGUAAACCAUAGAGACUUUUGGUACGCCACUUAUACGCUGUACAGCAUUUCCGAGACUGUGGAGAGUGAGGAGAGACUCAGCGACGUGGCUAGCGGAAGCUCUGGAGGGGAGCAGACCUCCAGCAACAAACAGCACACUAUGGUGUCCUUCCUCAAGCCGGUACUCAAGCAGAUCAUCAUGGCAGGCAAAUCCAUGCAGCUGUUGAAGAACCUGGACUGCAAACAGGCUGAGCAGUCGGACGGAUCCUCCAGAGAUGCUGAAAGGAAGAGUCUGUACACACUGUUUCUGGAAUCGGUACAGACACGCCUUCGCCAUGGAGAAGAGUCGCCCACAAAUAUAGUUACCGAGCAACAGGCCACUAAGAAGAGCCUGAUCAAAAUGCAGUCCAUCGUAGCACGUCAUUUGGAGCUGGACGACAUUCAUGACCCCUUGCUGGCCAUCAAUUUCGCAAGGCUAUAUUUAGAGCAAAAUGACUUCCAUGAGAUAUUCUCAAGUGGCAGUGUGAUUUUGGACCGCUCCUCGGAGUCUGUGACGUGUCAGACAUUUGAGCUCACGUUGCGCUCUUGUCUGUACCCACAUAUCGAAAGGAGAUACAUUGAGUGCUGUGGGAACCUCAUGAGAACUCUGAAAAAAGACUUCAGGCUGCUGGAGUACUUGCAAGCUAUGAGAAACUACUUCUUGUUGGAGGCUGGAGACACUAUGUACGAUUUCUACACGGCUAUCUUUGACAAAGUUCUGGAAAAAGAGAGCUGGCAGCAGCUGGCCUUCCUCAACGUGCAGCUGCAAGAGGCUGUCGGGCAGCGCCACCCAGAGGACAGCAGCCGGUUGUCAAUAUUUCUUGAAACGCUUGACCCAGGAAGAAAAAAACAGCCUGUAAAUAACCUUGAUGGUCUCACAUUGAGUUAUAAGGUUCCAUGGCCUGUAGAUAUUGUUAUUAGCUCAGAGUGUCAGAAAAUCUACAAUCAGGUCUUCCUACUAUUGCUUCAAAUCAAAUGGGCUAAAUAUAGUCUAGACACAUUGCGAUUCAGUGAUUUGACUGCAGCUGCUAAAAAGCAAGAAGGAAGCCAGUCUGAAGAGAGCGCAACCAAAGAACCCAUAAACCAGCAGAUUCACAGGAUGUUUCUCCUGAAAGUUAAACUCAUGCACUUUGUCAACAGCCUGCACAACUACAUUAUGACAAGGAUCCUACACAGUACAGGUUUAGAAUUUCAACACCAAGUACAAGAGGCAAAGGACCUGGACCAGCUUAUCAAAAUCCACUACAGAUACUUGUCAACCAUUCAUGACCGAUGCCUGCUCAGAGAGAAAGUCAGUUUUGUCAAGGAGGCCAUCAUGAAAGUGCUGAAUUUAGUUUUGAUCUUCUCAGACAGAUGGCAGGCUGGUUUUGGGGCCUGGAAAAUUGAGUCGAUUGACAAAAUGGAGUCGGAUUUUAAAAACUGUCACAUGUUUCUUGUGACUAUUUUAAACAAGGCCGUGUGCAGAGGCUCAUUUCCUCACUUGGAAUCUUUAGCACUGUCACUGAUGGCUGGGUUUGAACAGUGCUAACACUAUAAGGUUAUGUAAUCCUGACCACCGAACACAAGGCAGAUGAUUUAUUGUACGGCUGUAUGGUGGCUGCAGUGCUUUUCCUAUUUAUCUUCACCAGCAUGUCUGACAUCACAGGAGACAAUACCUUUCAUUACUAUAAAAGUAGUACUUUUUGUCUGUAAACAGUGUGAAACUUGUGUUAAACUGGCCUGUAUACAGCACAAAUGUUGCUUUGUGAUACUGUGUAAUGUUUUGGGGAGAAUCUUGUUGUCAGGUAUGAAACAAAAAUCUUUACCACUGGCUGAAGUGGACAUGAGAAAAGUAGACAUGCAACAAGACAUUUAAUGUGAACCUAUUCUAAAUAUGUUUAAUGAAAUUGAUAAUAAUUGACUGAAACUCAAAUGUAAAUUGUGUACAUAUUUUAACCUAACCUGCAGACCACAUGUGUGUGCAGUUUACGCCUAUAUUUGUAUGUGUUGUGUUUGCCUAAAGCGGUUUUUCACUGUGCUGAGUGUAAGUUGUACACAUUAAACCGUAAUUUUCCUGACUUUCGAGAUAAAAUGCUGCUUUUUUAUUUUAAUAAAAAUUAUCAUUCUUGA